AUGACAGAAAUUGAUUACUCAGAAACCCCAGAUAUAGAGCCAUGUGAAAAGCCUUCACAGACAAAGGUAACCGCAGCACACCGUUCCGGCUUAGAUGACGCCCUUCAAAUGGCCCUCGAUGGUCAAGAUGAGUCUUGGACAAAGGAGGAAGAACGCCGGGUGUUGUGGAAGAUCGAUCUAACUAUUGUUCCACUUUUAUUUCUCGGAACAGUUAUUGGAUACGCGGAUAGCCAGGCUUAUGGGUUUGCCGCUCUUUUCGGUUUGGUACAGGAUCUCGAACUAUUCACUCUAAGUGUUGUAAACGGUCAGUUGGCUCUGGACACCACAAAGUAUCAGCUCUCUGCGGGAAUAACAUCACUUGGUGGAGCAGCGGGACAAUAUUUGCUCCUCUUCCUGGCCCAGCUGCUUCCCGCAGGUAUUGUGUAUGGAGUCAUGCUGGUGUACGCUGGCUUACUAGCUCUUUUGACGGUCAUUUGUCACAACUUUUCUCAGAUUAUGGCACUGAGGUUCUUUUAUGGGUUCACUCAAAUUCAACAACCUCUCGCGAUCAUUAUUACGGUUAUGUGGUGGAAAACUCGCGAACAGCCGUUACGAUUGGGUAUUGUGAUUGCGGGUAAUGCCCUCGGCUCACUUAUCGGAAAUGGUGUAGACUUUGGUGCCAUAAAUUUGAGUGGUCAAUUUUCCAAUAGUCGAUGGAAAUGGAUUUACAUUAUUCUGGGAUCCUGUGGACUUUGUGCCGGUAUCAUAAUAAUACUCUUCUUGCCUGCAACACCGAUGAAGGCAUGGUUUCUGACCCCCCGAGAACGACGAAUCGCCGUACGACGUCUUAUGAGUAAUAAUACCGGAAUUCAUACACGGAAGUUCAAAUUUCGACAGGCAAUUUCUGCUUUCUUAGAUCCUCAACUAUAUGCUCUAUGUGUCUUUACUUUUACAUUUGCGUUUUCCAACGUGGCAGUCUCAAGUUUUGGUGGAUUCCUUGUAACUUCCUUUGGAUAUUCUGAAACUCGUGCUUUGGUACUCGCACUGCCUGCAUCUGCUGUUGCCGUGGUGUGUAUUAUAGCCGCUGGAAUGAUUGGGAAUCGUUUCCCCAACCAUCGAAUCAUCGUUGCUAUCGUAUUUAUCUUACCGUCUAUGGUGGGAAAUAUCAUGCUUUGGAAGACACGUCUAGACAGCAAGGCUGCACUUCUUGGGGGCCUUUAUAUUUCCACCACGUUCUAUGGCUCUCUUGUUCAGCAUUAUUCUCUCCUCGCAGCGAACGUAGCCGGACAUUCUAAGAAGACAGCUGUUAUGGCCACUAUCACUAUCAUGGCCGCCCUUGGCGGGUUUAGCGGCCCAUGGGCAUACAAGGGCGACCAAAGUGCCGAGGGUUAUCCUGAUGGUCAGAUUGCGACUUUGAGCUUAUUUUGUGCAUCAAUUCUCGCAUAUAUAAUACUAUGGGUUUACUAUUCCCAUUGUAACAAGAAAAGGACGGCUCUUUUAAGAGAACAACCAGGAGUUUUCGAAGACCCCAUGAUAGCAUUUAUGGAUCUCACAGAUCGGGAAAAUCUUGCAUUUCGAUAUACUUUAUGA